AUUGGCCCGCGGGACCGACGUACGCCCACGCCCCCUCCUCCCGCCCGCCAAUCGGCUUCCCUCUUAUUAAGAAUCGGCCGCCGAAACGCUCGCGAAAGAGAGGCCGCAGCGAUGGGGCUGGAGAGCACCAUGGUGUGCGUCGACAACAGCGAAUACAUGCGGAAUGGGGACUUCGUGCCAACCCGCCUGCAAGCACAGCAGGAUGCCGUGAACAUCGUGUGCCACUCUAAAACCCGCAGCAACCCGGAAAAUAAUGUUGGGCUUAUCACACUAGCCAACAACUGUGAGGUGCUGACAACAUUGACAUCAGACACGGGAAAAAUUCUAUCCAAACUUCAUUCUGUGCAGCCCAAGGGAGACAUUAACUUCUGCACAGGGAUUCGUGUGGCUCACCUGGCAUUGAAACAUCGCCAGGGAAAAAACCACAAGAUGAGGAUUGUAGUUUUUAUUGGAAGUCCCAUCCUCAAUGAUGAAAAGGAGCUCCUGAAGCUAGCAAAGCGUCUAAAAAAGGAAAAAGUUAAUGUAGAUAUCAUUAACUUUGGCGAAGAGCAGGGAAGCAACACUGAGAAGCUGACAGCAUUUGUGAACACGCUGAAUGGGAAGGAAGGAACAGGCUCCCAUCUCGUGACUGUUCCACCAGGUUCUAGCCUGGCUGAUGCUCUGCUUAGCUCACCCAUUUUGGCUGGAGAGGGUGGAGUUGGGUUUGGUCUAGAAGCCAGCGACUUUGAAUUUGGGGUAGACCCAAAUGCCGACCCGGAACUGGCCCUGGCCCUGCGUGUAUCCAUGGAAGAACAGCGGCAGCGCCAAGAGGAAGAGGCACGCAGAGCAGCAGCUGCCUCUGCUGCUGAGGCCGGAGUGAAACCAGCUGCUGGUGAAGACUCUGACCAGGCUUUGCUGGAGCAGGCCCUAGCAAUGUCCAUGCAGCAGCCAGAAACGGUCAGCCCAGGAAUUCCAGAUUUUAGCAGCAUGUCCGAGGAAGAACAAAUUGCUUAUGCCAUGCAGAUGUCUCUUCAGGCAUCAGAAUUUGGUCGAGAAGGAGCAAGUGAAGCAGAGAGCUCUGCCAUGGAUACUUCUGAACCACCUGCGAAGGCGGAUGAAGAGGAUGAUUAUGAUGUGAUGCAAGACCCAGAGUUCCUGCAGAGUGUGCUGGAGAACUUGCCAGGAGUAGACCCUUCCAAUGAGGCUAUUCGCAAUGCUAUGGGCUCGCUUGCCUCUCAGUCAGGCACUCAGGCCAAAGACACCAAGAAAGACAAGGACAAAAAAGACGAGAGCAAAAAAUAAAGCAGAUUGCAAAAUGCAUUUCCACACCUUGCAAUGCCCUGAACGUGAAAGGUUAAAAUGUGCUAUGUGUAAAGCUUAUCUGUGCAAAAUAAAGAUCUUUAAUAUUGCACGUUUAUCUUAGUGGUUGUCCUACUACUUAAGCGUUUACAAUAAACAUUGUAAAGGCUUAAAGGUGCUUGAGUGUUUUAUACUUAAAAUAGCAUUGCUCCGAGGUUCCUGUUGGCAGAUUUAUAAAGUAUCUAAAUGUAGGAAGUUUUGUUCAUUGAAACUGUCUUAAAAAAUGUCUAACUUUACAAUUGUUAUGCUUUAAAAUGUAUGUUAUCUUGGAGUCAAAUACUUUACAUUUGACUGGAGAUUACUGAAUAACAAGUAAUUAAGCAGCCAUAGUUAUAGCAGUUGUCUUCAAAAAACCUGGACUUGGAAGUCAACUGCUAAAUGUUCAUUGCCAUUUAUUUCAUAAUUAUUUUUCUUGUUUGGCUGCUACAAUAAAAUAGUGUACUUUUAUUAAUUUAACCAUUUUAAGUAUUUUGUAAGGAAACUUUCACUAUCACAUCACAUUACACAUAGGGAUAAUGAUUUUGAUUGAGAUUUUACAUUUUUAUAAGUGUUUAGUGCAUUAUAAAAAUGUGAUUAAAUAUUUGAACCAUG